AUGGAAGCUAUUUUUGCCAAGCUCGCCGAAGAGACUACAACGUUCAAUCUAGGCGAUGAGGAGAAAUGGCGCAAGCUUUACGACCCCUAUUAUCCUGAGCCACCGUCUAAUGCGACCGUUAUCCGAGACCAGCAAUAUGGACCAUUCGAGCGAAACUACUUAGAUGUCUUCAUACCAAACGGAACUGAGGCAGAAAAGCCGGUCCUUAUGUAUGUACAUGGAGGAGGCUUCUUCUCCGGUGACAAGAUGUGGACUGAAAAGGUCUAUUCCAACAUCGGGUGGUUCUUCGCUCGACAAGGCAUCAUCACAGUGAUAUUGAAUCAUCGCCUUGUACCCGAUGUGCAGUAUCCUGGCGGGGCAGACGAUAUUCAAAUGGCACGCGAAUGGAUUUUUAACCAUAUAUCCUCGCCAAAAUAUGGCUGUGGCUCAGUAAACAAAGUCGUGCUAUUUGGUCAUUCGUCUGGUGGUGUGCAUAUUGCAUCUAAUCUUUAUGCCGCUGGUGACACUGAACGUGUUGCAAAUUACCCCUUUUCUCCUCCCCUGGCUGGAGUAAUAUAUCUCAGUGUGCCUUUCUGGUAUGAUCGGGAGAAGCCUUUGCGCCAGAAGACAAUACGAUCAUACUACGGGUCGGACUCAGAGAACUUUUGGGGGCCUAAAUCUGCGCUUGGUUUAUUCGAAGCAUUGCCUGAAAAUUCCCCAAUGCUAAACUCCCAGGAGAUUCCUAUCUAUCUUGGAUCCGUCGAGUGGGAAGUACCCGAGACGAUUGACGCUACUUUGAAAUUCUUCAACGCAUACAAAGUGAAAAGCAAGCCAUCGGGAACAUUACCAUUAUUUCACGUGUUGAAGAAGCAUAAUCAUCUAACCAACAUUCUGUCGAUUGGCACAGAAGAUACCUCACAGGGUCGGGCCUUGCUGGAGUUUAUUGAAUCCUGUGUAAAGGGAAGGGUAGCAGGUAGUCAAUUUUCCUCUCACCUUUAA